CAAAAGAACCACCAUGGCGGCGACACUACUGGUCAAGGCGGCCUCCCGCCGGUCCCUGGCAAAUGGCAGCGCGAUGCUCCGACUGGGCGUAAAUGCAGCCGUGCGCCAUCAGUCAACUGAGAACAAGCUUGUCCGCGUCUUUGUCGAUGAAACGGAGGUUCACGUCGAGCCCGGAACCACCAUCCUUCAGGCAUGCGAAGAGGCCGGUGUCCAGAUUCCUCGCUUUUGCUACCAUGACCGCCUUUCCAUUGCCGGCAACUGCCGCAUGUGUCUCGUCGAGGUUGAGAAGAGCCCCAAGCCCGUCGCCUCGUGCGCCAUGCCCGUCAUGCCUGACAUGCGCGUCAAGACUGACUCCCCCAAGACCAAGGCUGCCCGCGAGGGUGUGAUGGAGUUUCUCUUGGUCAAUCAUCCUCUCGACUGCCCUAUCUGCGACCAGGGUGGCGAGUGUGACCUUCAGGAUCAGUCGAUGGCCUUUGGCAGCGAUCGUAGCCGCUUCCACCCUCGUGAUGGCAAGCGUGCGGUCGAGAACAAGAACAUUGGCCCUCUCAUCAAAACCAUUAUGAACCGUUGCAUCCACUGCACACGCUGUGUCCGCUUUGGCUCUGAGGUGGCUGGUGUGGACGAGCUCGGUACGACCGGUCGCGGCAACAGCAUGCAGAUUGGCACCUACAUCGAGAAGAUGUUCCACUCUGAACUCUCUGGCAACGUCAUUGAUCUUUGCCCCGUCGGCGCCUUGACCUCCAAGCCCUACGCCUUUACUGCUCGUCCCUGGGAACUGCGCCGCAUUGAGUCGGUCGAUACUCUGGACGCCGUGGGCUCAAACAUUGUCGUGAACACCCGCGGCGGCGAGGUCAUGCGUAUCCUUCCUCGCGUCAACGAUGAUGUCAACGAAGAGUGGAUCUCCGACAAGACACGCUUUGCUUACGAUGGCCUCAAACGCCAGCGUCUCACUACGCCUUACGUUCGUGGACCGAACGGCAAGCUCCAGGCCGCCGAGUGGGAAGAGACCCUCGAGCGCGUUGUGGAAACGCUCGCCAGUGUCGAUCCCAGCAAGAUUGCCGUUGUGGCUGGCGGCCAAGCCGAUGCCGAGGCUCUUGUGGCUCUCAAGGACCUCAUGAACGUGACUGGCGUGGAGCGUCUGUACACCGAGGAGCGCUUCCCCAUGGGCUCGGGUGGCACUGACUUUCGCAGCAACUACAUCUUCAACAACGGCAUUAACGGCAUCGAAGAGGCCGACUUGGUCGUCUUGGUCGGCACCAACCCCCGCUUCGAGGCCCCCCUCGUCAACACUCGCAUCCGCAAGGCCUUUGUCCACAACGAGCUCGACGUGGCCCUGGUGGGCGAGGACGUUGAUCUGACCUACGAGCAUAAGCACCUUGGUGCUAGCGCCGAUGUGAUUGAGCAGAUUGCCCAGGGCAAGCACGCGUUUAGCAAGCGCUGGGCCGAGGCCAAGCGUCCCAUGCUCAUUGUCGGUGCCGGCGCCCUGCAGGGUGAGGACGCCGAUGCUCUCUUCGCUGCUUGCCAGCACCUGGCCUCCACUUCCAAGUCGUUCGACAGCGCCGACUGGAAGGUGCUGAGCACCCUCCAGCGCCAAGCCGGUCAGGUUGCGGCUCUUGAUCUGGGCUACGUGCCCCAGCCCGACCUCAAGGAUGCCGAGGUUGUGUACCUCAUGCACGCUGACAACGUUGAUGCUGAGGAGCUCAAGGGCAAGACCGUGAUUUACCAGGGCUCGCACGGCGACCGUGGCGCUGCUCUGGCUGACAUUAUCCUGCCCGGCGCUGCCUACACGGAGAAGGAUGCCACUUUUGUCAACACUGAGGGCCGCUCGCAGAUGACUCGUCGUGCCGUGACGCCCCCCGGCGCUGCACGCGUGGACUGGGAGAUUGUCCGCGCCAUCUCCUCCUUCGCAACACAGCAGCUGCCUUACGAUGACAUUUUCACCUUGCGUGCGCGCAUGGCUCAGGUCGCGCCUCAAUUGGUCAAGUACGAUCAGUUGGAGCCGGCCAACUUUGCCCAAACGGCGGCCAGCAUGGCCACCAAGCAGGCGGUCAGCAAGACGCCUCUCACGGUUGAGCAGAAGGAGCUCCGCGACUUUUACAUGACCGACCCCAUCUCUCGCGCCUCAGUGACCAUGGCCAAGUGUGUCAAGGCGACCCAACAUGUCGACGCUGACAAGAACUACAAGCGCACCGCCACGGCUUAAGAAGUGUGCCCAGCUCUCCUUUUUUUCUCCUUUCACCUGUAUAUGCUUCCAGAUCAAUAAAACUCUGUGCAUCCGCGAGGCGGUCUAGAGCUUAUUUCUGGUGGCUUUUUGUUCGGACCCGCUGGUCCCACGGGCGCGGCGGAUUGGUAUCUUUCAUGCCCAUGACUCUUGUUUUGUCCUUUUCCUUAACUUGUUUAGCAGGUUUUGUUGAUUGCCGUUUUUUUCUUUUUCCCCCGCUUUUUUUUUGCCCUCUCAUUUUUUUUCACCUGCCCGGCGUUGUGUAAACCACCUUGACGUCGAGUUUUGUCCCUCCCCAUCUUUUCUCUCCCUUGUCCUCUUGCGCUCGCGCUCUCCCUUCCUGCCUCUGGUCUCGUUUUCGAUCCUUCUUUCAUUUCUUAUCCCUUCCACCUUCUCCUCGGCGUCAUCGUGGUGAUUCUACUGCAUGUUGUCAAGAAGGCACGAGGGUGGGGACCCAAAGGGCUGGACGCGUCUUCUCCGCAAGCCGAGCUCUGUCGGACGCAACGCAGCACGGUCCUUUGCUGAUGAAAAAUGAUGCCUUGGCCGGAAAAUUAAGUCUACAAACAAUG